CAUGUGAAGAUCAUCGCUUCGCGUCCGUUCCAAGUUCUAACACAGCGGCCAGUCACCAUGCAUCCAACACAGCUCUCCUUUCAACUAGGGUGCACCUCUACGGAUCUUGGCCUAUCCAUCUCUCUCGCUCUCUCAUCCUGUAUCCUGAGUUUCACUGUCGCCCAGAACCCAGUUGAUACAUAUGCUCCGAUAGGCAAUGUCCUGAACACAUCAGAAACGGAGUAUAUCGCGUCCAGGGAGUCCUAUGUAAUCGCAAAGGCGUGGUCUAACUGGUGCAUUCGGGAUAGGGAGAGAAUGACUGCACCGACUCCCGAGCGUAUAACCAGUAAAAAAUGACCGACUAUAAUCACAGCAUCCAAAUUUACUAGUAGACUAUGACUUACUGGUACUGCUAUGUCUUCCGCGACAUGCUUGGAAAGCCACAAGCGUUUCUUUCUGAAUAAAUUUGCGAACAAGGAGAGUUAUCAGUAGAUUACAUAAUCAGU